CGCCACACAGCUAAUAGGGGGGCCGGAAGCAGCCGUCUGCUGCAGGACAACAGAGAAGAGGACGCUCUCGCAGUUUUAUCCCCGGGCUGCCACAUCUUUUCAUACUGUUUUUUCCCCCCGGCCGGCAGGACAAAAUGGCUUUGAACCAGGAAUUUCUUUUGUCGUUUUUACUAGAGCACGGUGGCAAAGUGAAAAACUCCGAGUUGCUGAACAAUUUCCGAAGUUUCAUCAACUGCAGCGACCCCGCGGAGAGGCAGCACAACAGAGAGCUCUUCAAGCGGCUGGUGAACAGCGUCGCUGUGGUCCAGCAGGUCGGCGAGGUAAAGUUUGUGGUCGUGAAGAAACGCUACCAGGACUUUGUUAAAGAGGUGCAUGGAGAAGAAGUCGGGGAAACGCAGGUGGAUGAUAGUUUCUCUUCUUUUUCUUCUUACACAUCUCCGCGCCGAGCAGAGUCUGGCAGAGAGAUUUACCGAGAUAAUGAAAACAAUAACGCGCACCGCGCUGAUGCCCUGCAGACGCAUGCAGGGAGCAUGCAGAAAAACAGGCGGUUAUCAAGUGCGGAUGCAACAGCUGUCAAAGUGCUAAAUAUCUACGGAGAUCAGACAAUCAGAGCGGGCAAUUCUGGAGCUGUGUUUGCUGUCAUAGCGGUGAAAUCCCCACCGAGAGACUCUGCACCAGCAACACAGGAUGGAUUAUACUCACAGUCACAGGAGCAUAAACCUGAGAGUUUGGACAAAUCAAUCCCAAAAGUGUCUCCGCUGCCAGGUCUAACUUGUAACUUGUCACCUUGCCAGCGGGAUUCAUUAAGAGAAAGCCAAUAUUGGAACCCCAGACAGGCAGGGGACAUAGAAACCCCUGGUUCUCCCCUAAUGAGGCCCCUGAACAAGAGCACAAGACAAGCAGAUGAUGCCAAGUACUGUGAGUCUCAGUCUGUGCCUUUGGAGCCACAGGCUCACGAGUGGCUUGUGAAGUGUGCUGCUGGACUGUGGGGACAGAUACACGCUCUGCUGCUGCGGGACACACGUUUAGCACAGAAGAAGGACUUCAUGUCCGGUUUCACAGCUUUGCACUGGGCAGCCAAGGACGGCAACGUCGACAUGAUACACAAACUCCUGGGUAUUUCCGGCAAAAGAGGCACUUCUGUGGAUGUCAACAGCAAAGCGCAUGGGGGAUACACGCCCUUGCACAUCGCAGCCAUACAUGGCCACACUGAGGCAAUGGUUUUGCUUGUGCAGCGUUAUGGAGCUAAUGUAAAUGAGCGAGAUAAUGCUGGGAAGAAGGCCCUGCACUACCUGGGGAAAGGUGCCUCGGCUGAGGUCAGAGCGCUCCUGGGAGGCCUGCUACAGAGCGGGGAGAAGACGGAGGACGACGAAGACAAAGAUCACACUAAAAGCUUCAACGCCAUUAGUAAACUGUUCCACCCUCAUGUAGGGAAGAAACAAAAGACAACUAAGUUUGCAAAUGAGUGGUAGGAGGAUCUACAAGAGAAGGCGUUAAAAUGUAAGGGAUGAAACUAACUAAUGUUAAUCACAACAUCACUUAAAACUGAGGUUCUAAUAUGUACUUACUGAGCUGUCUUGUAAAGCUUUAUAAAGUGUAUCACUGUCAGAUGUACUAUUUAUAAGUAGUAUUUAUCAUUUUCAUUUUCACUCUUUCAUUUAAUAGCAUGUACUAACACUUAAUUUGCACAUUUGUAACUUUUUUUUAUGCUAUUAAACUAAAUUGCAUUAUAUGAUGUGUAAUAAAUCUGUAGAUGUCACCCCUUGAUUCUUUAUUGACAGCAGGAGGGAACCAGGUGGUAAACUGCUACUGGCACUUAAGUGAAAACUAUUGUGAACAUAUUGGAUCCUGCUGCAGGAAAUAAAAGGGAUCACACUUCACUGCAUGCAAAGCGGGUUUACUUAAAGCCAGUUAUGCAAAGCAGGCAAGCAUCUAAGCAAAUUGGUAAAAGCUUUCAUUUUUUCAGUUUCUUUUGUGAACUUACACCAGUCAUAAAUGAGGAAAGCCUCCCUUUGUGGGAGAGCAUGGGCUGAAUUUCUGGAAUGCUUUGAUGAAAAAAUAUAAUAUCUGGACAUGGUGACCAAAAGAUGACUCAAGAUUCAACAACUUACACCAAGUGAGGCUCCUUAGAUAAUACAAAUAUAUAAAAUAAAAAGAUUUAUGUUUAAAGCUGUCAAUGCAGAUUCUUUGAAUAUCAAUCAAUUUAGGAUGCUCAUUAAAUGUCACUUUGUUUUGGAAGGUUAUAUUGCUAAUAUGAACGGUGAUGUUGGAUUGUAUUUAGAAAGGUGGGAAAGGUUUAUUGAAGUGGAAGGUUGGCAUUUAACUUAAAAAAAAGAAAAUGAAAAGCAGAAUUUGAUAGUUCGUUUUUGUUUUUCUUCUUACUUUUUAUGUUAAGUUUACUGAUAUACUGUAUGUUUUAUGUUGUAAUGAUGUCUGGUGUGUGUUUGUGUUCAUUGUUUUGAUUAGUUUCAAUGUAAUUUAGUGUGUUUGUUCUUCGUUGUUUUGUUUUUGU